AAAAGGAAAGCAAGCGUACCGCAUAACGAAAUCGGAAUGUGAGUGAACGAAUAUAGAAAUUUCAACACUAGUUUGUGUUCAACAAUAUAGACGAAAUGCAGUUAGAAUAACAAUCAGAGGACAAAUUUCGGCCGAAAAUUUGUGAAAUAAAACUAAGAAUGUAGUGAAAUGAAAAGCGGUUCGUAAAUAUAUAAAAAGUGAAUGGUUCGCACUUCAUCAAAGACCGACGAGUCUUAACUUUACAACGAAAAAAGUAUUUAAUUACAGAUGAAAAAAACGCAAGAAGAAAUUCAGCAAAGUGCGUUUUUAUCUGUACCUGCUGCAAUUGGUCAAAUUAGGUGGAGUGAAUAAAGUAAAAUAGAAUACAAACCAGAGUGUGCGUGCCAGUGUUGCAUAUGUAAGCAUACAAGCAGUGUAAUAGCGAUUUCGGGAAAGAAAUUUUAUAUGGGUAAUCUCGCUUUUCAAUACGGAUUGGGAGAAUAACUGGAAAAUAGUCGAAAAUAUGUAAUUGUUACGAAUGUGGUGAUGUAAACAGUGAAUAAAUAAGAAACAAUACUACAGCAACAUAAUAAAGUAGCCCCGAAAAGCAAAACAUAAGCAGAUCAAAUAUUCCUCGUUGAGAUCUUAUAAAAGUGCAUAAAAUGGAAGUAGAAAAUAGGCCCGUGGAACCGCCUAAAUGUAGUGGCGAUGCAGGAAUGUCCAAUCUAUCUGCAUCACCCACUGGUAUUCCGGAAAUUGAAUCUGUCGAAAACAGCAAUAAAUAUCAAAAUAGUAAAUCCACAAAUAAUAAGUUUGAACUGACCGCCGAAAAUGCGAAAAAAAUACAAAAUAAUCCAGCUACCGUAUCCAAUGCGAAUACUACCGAUAAAAGUGGAAACACAUUAGAUGCUUCCCUGAAUCCAGAAGUAGCGUUAUCUAAAGUUGUAAAUGCUUGUGCUACUACUGAGACUAUUAGUGAAAAUGAUAAAAGCUCCACAUCAACUAAUAAAUUAGACGGAACGCAGCUAUCAACUACUCUAAAAAAAGCUCUUGUAGAUGAUAACGAUGGUACUACUACCAUAGAGUCGUAUUCAGAAAACAAUUCUAAAGAUAAUAAUUCGUCACUACCUUUAGAUGAUUCACAGGAUGACGAUGAAGACGAUGAGAGCCAGAGAGAAGUAGCGUCCACUGCUGAUGAUGAUAUUGAUAAUAGUCUUUCACCUUCAACACAGUCUCAAACACCGCCACCUAAACAACAAGUAACAGCAAAGGCAACAAAUGCGUCGGUCGUUGCGGCAAUGGGUGUUGCAGCAUCAAUUGUUGUGGCUGAUGCGGGUAUUAGCGCUGCCAUCCCAGACACAAUUCUCUCACCACCCAAGUCAGAAACACAAACGGAUGACGCUAAUACGGCAACUUCGUCCUCAUCCCCAGCAUCGGACUCCCAACUUUCUCCGAUGACUGCAUCUGUCUCGGCAACGACGCUAACACCCACGAAACAAACAGAAGCGUCUGAUAUUGCCACCACUGUUGACACUGGUAAAUUAAAUAUCGCUAGAUCAAAGUCAUCAAAACCAGCCACUAAGAGAGUUGCUUCGUCUAAAUUACCUAGUGAUGAUGGCGAUAGUAGCAUUGGUGGUAAACGCGUUGUACAACCCAUUAAUGUGGUCGCCAACGGAACUAUACCCAAAUCUAGUGGGAAACCACAGAUGUCAGCCAUGAAUAAAAAAUUGAAAGAGAAAACUGCACGCGCUCCAAGGCAGCGCAAGCAAAAAUCAACCGUGCCGAUAUAUGAAAGCGAGAUAAGCGACAAUAAAACAGGUAUUAAAUUAUGCAUAAAGAAAUCAGAUUCGUCAGGCAAUUUGGCUGCCUCUACAGGUGCCUUAACGCCGCCCGUGACUGGAAAGUCAACAUCAACGCCUGCAACAACUAAUGCACCGAAGCAGACGAGAAAACGCUCACGUAAAUCGAAAUCGAAGGCGAAGGUUGAUAGCGAGGAAAGUGAAUUUGAGGUGACAUCGGUUAAGCGAGGAAAGAAUAGGGCCGGCAAUUCAGAACGUCAAAAGAAAGUAUCAUUUACUGGCAUCGAGGAACAAGGUGAAAAACACCGCGCGACUAUCGAACAAGGCGACUGGGGUGCCCGUAUACCGCCGGAACUACUUUUUAAGAUUUUCGAAAUUCUAAUCGACCGAGAAGGUUGUUUACCAACACUUUGUCGUCUUGCACGCGUUUGCACAUUAUGGCGGAACGUUUCGUUAACACCAUCAUUGUGGAAAAGUAUGGAUUUAUCCACAUGGAUAAAGGACAAGUAUCGUACAGAGCUGAAGCUAAAAUGGUUCGUAGACAAUCGCUGCAGCGAAUGUACAGAAUUGAAUGUUGCUAAUUGGAAAAUGUCAGAUAUAAACUGUUUUUUAAACAAAUUGGCGGUUGGAUGUCCGAAUUUAAUAAGCAUUACUUUGUCUGGUUGGAAAGAUUUCACUUCGGGUCAAUUGGCUUAUCUAACAGAAAAUAUGCAAAAACUGCAGCGGUUAGAUUUAAGCUCCAUCAACGUGGAAAUGAAUGCGAGUAAGAGCGCAGUUGGCCCGCAAUCUCUUUGUAUUGCAUUGCGAACAAUGAAUAGUCGCUUAACGCAUCUAUAUUUGGCACAUAAUCGAUUGGCAGGAAUCCCCCAGAUAGUCUCAACAUUGGCUACACAUUGCCCCAACUUGGUGAACUUAGAUCUCUCCAAUGUUAACACCCAAGCGACUUCACACGGAAUUUUUCAUAUUGAGAAGCUCCAGCACGGUUGUCCCAAAUUAAAAGUGUUACGCGUCACCAAUUCACAUAUAACAUGGAGUAAUGCAACUUUACAGGAAACGAUGGAUUCACCUGGCUUCCCCGAACUUGAGGAACUUUCCGUAGCAGCUUUAACUGAUGAAUGCCGUGUCUUUGGUGAUGACCACUUGCAGCGCAUAUUGAAAACUAGCUCCAAACUGAAACUCUUGGAUGUACGCGGUUGCGCACGCCUCACACACGAAAGUCUCAUACGUCUACCUGCGUGGGAUAUCAAGCAUUUAUUUUUGUCUUUCUGCUCAGUGACGCGCGAUGUUGGGUCUGGCCUCGAACUUAUCGCUUCGAAAUGGGCACACAGUCUCAUAGAAUUAGACUUAGCUUGGGCGAAUGUGCAACAACCGUUAGAUAACGCAUUACGUGCAUUGGCGGAAAAGGGUAGUGAAUCCCCUUUAGCGCAUUUGAAUCUCUGUGGUUCAUCGGUUUCAGAUGAGGCAGUUAAGGAAAUCCUUGCAAAUUGUGCGCACAUGAGUUCAAUAAAUUUGUCAUCAUGUCGUGGUCUGCCGCGUGGCGUCAAACGUCUCAUGCAAGGUCAACAAGAAUUACAAGAGUUGCGUGAAGUGCUCAAGGUGCAAAUGAAAGUUAAGUUACCAGCUCAAAUAAAGCUAGAGCAAGAAGAAGAGGAGCGACGGCAGCGUGCGCAACAAUGUGGUGCUUCUGCUGAUGGUGAUAAUGGUGGUGGCGUUGGUGGUGAAGGUGAUGGCGGUGGUGGAAAUAUUUAAUCCAAUUGAUAUUAAGACGAUUAAUUUUUAUUGGUAAAACAAAAAAGCUCACAAAACAAACAAAAAAAAAAAAACUUACAUCAUUAUACAAAAAAUCAUUUAUUAAUACAAAGAGGAUAAAUUCGUAGCUUAAA